AUGGCCUUUCUUGCACCCCUCACACAGCCUCUCCUCGUGCGGCUUCCCGUUCCCCUCGCCGCGGGGAGGCGGCUCGGCCCCAACGCCAGACCACACUUUGAGCCUGUACACAAUCCGCUCCGCGUAGGAGCCGUCCAGAGUCGGCCGGCUCAGCGAAUUGCACGCCUUGCAGCGCUGAUGGAAGACCCUCGCGUUGUACCUCGACCCGGCGUACUGCCGAAUCCAGAUGGCGAUGCGCUUGCUGGACCACCCCCUCUUGCGGCACGUGGCGUUGGGGCACUCGAAGCGGCCCAUGAUGGAGGUGUUGUAGUCUUUGACGUGGCCGGCCUCCUUGUCGGAAGGGUGAAAGGCGAAACGGAGCCCGUCCCGCGCCAGGAGAUGCGCUACUUGGUGGUGGAGGUCCGGGAACAUGGACCAGGCCUUGGUCCGUGGCGCCAUUGUAGAUGCCGUAGAUGCCGUAGAUGCCGUAGAUGCUUCAGGAUGCCGAAAGGGUGCGCAGUCGCCAAGAGGUGA